CAAAUUUUGAAUGAAAAUGAGCUGUGAAUCGCGCAAACUUAUUAGAAUCAUAUGUAAAUAUUAUCGAAAUAAGAGGUGGCAGGUUAUAAAGUUUUAAAUUUGUUUUUAUAUUGAAAGAUAAUAGUUGAAAUAAAAAUGGCUCGUCCACUGUCUUUGAGUAAAUUGAAAAAAAGGACACUGCCGGAAAUUAACUCAAAGCCAAAGGCAAAAAUGAAUAGAUUCAAUGGCCUCACGGAAGAGGAAGUGCAAAAAAAUAGUCCUCCACUUCCCGACUAUUUAAAAAUGGACCUGGACAUUGUUUUCGUUGGAAUAAAUCCAAGUCUCACUGCCGCUUAUCGAGGACGUUAUUACGCUGGUCCGGGCAAUCAUUUUUACAAACUCCUCCACGAAUCUGGACUUGUGUCAAACUUUAUAAAUUUCGAGGAAGACGAACAACUUUUAAAUUAUGGAAUUGGCCUCACAAAUAUCGUCGAUCGAGCCACGCGAUCAUCAGCCGAUUUAACUCGAACUGAAAUUAAACAAGGUUCAAUAAUUAUCAGAAAAAAAUUACAACAAUUCAAACCAAAAAUCGCCGUAUUUAACGGACGUUGCAUUUACGAUGUUUUCGCCUCAAAGACAGGAAAAUCCGAUUUCUACUUUGGCCUUCAACCCGAAAGAAUUGACGAUACUGCAAUUUGGGUCGUUCCAUCAAGCAGUGCAAGAUGUUCAAAUUUUCCCCGAAUGAUUGAUAAAUUAAAAUUUUAUUUAUCACUGAAAAAAUAUUUAUCCUUUCUAAAAGGUGAAAUUCACGAUGUCAAUGGCAAGGAAUUUUAUUUCACGGAAAAAAAUGAAACAUCAAAAAUGUGGAGGGGAAAAAAAUCUUUAUUUUCAAAUGGUGGGAAAGUUGUCAACAAAGUGGCGUUAAAUUCAGAAAAUUCUGACGACGACAUUUCUUCUGUUAGUAAUGAAUUUGUCAUCAAGGAAAUUAAAAGUCUCAAUGGAAUAGAAAAAUUACCAUCAAUUGAAAAUAAUUCUCUCAAUGGAAAGAAAUUAAUUGAAAUUAAUCACGAUGGGGGAAAAUUAAGAGAUUCUUCAAAAGCACUUGAAAUGAAAAAUAGAGAUAAAAUUAAUUUCCAAAAAUUGUCUCCCAUUAUCAGAAAAAGAGAAAAUUCCUCAGAUUUUUUGAGUUUAAUUAAACAAAGAGUCGAGGCGAAGAAAAGAAAAGCAGACGAGGAAAAUUUUUAGUUCAUGUGCCUUUAUUUUAAUUGAUUUUAUUCAUAAAAAAUUUUUUUAAAUUUAAUUUUUCUUUAUUUCUUUAGACAAUUUUCUAAUAAAUUUAAAUUCUAUUAUACAAAAUUACAAAUUUAAAUUUCAAAUUAAAAAUUACAAAUUUUUUUCAUUGAAAUUAAAUUUUAAUUUGAAAACAAGUCUUUAAGACUAACUUUUUUAUGAAAGAAACAUAUUUUAAUUUAAACUUAAUUUUAGAAACAAAACAAAUACAAUUAAAAUGGAAAAAAAUAUUUAAUUCCAAUCAAACUUUAGAUAAAUUAAUUAGAAUUGAAUAAUAAAAAUAAAAAAAGGAAUUUUUCACUAUAAAAAAAGGAUACAAUAGACAAAUAAAAGGAGUAAAUUGAAUAAUCUGGGAAAAGAAAUGACCUUCAAAAGCUGAUAAAUUCUCGUUGCACAAAAAAUGAAUAUU